AUGUCUCAAAAACGCAAGCACGAAGAGGUUGCCGAUAUUGAAGCCGCCAACCCUGCGACGACGAAGAAGCCACGCUCUUUCCCCAACGCCAGCAAGACGAGGCACAAGCGCCCCAAUGCCGCCAAAGACAAAGAUUCCGACUAUGGUGCCAGUGCCAAUGCGCUCAAGAAUCGGAUACGUGAUCUGAAGCGCCUACUCGCCCACGUUGACAAUGUUCCCAAGCACAAGAUGUCGGCGAGCUCGAGGAUAGAGCGUGAGAGAGAGCUGGAGGCAUGCGAGCAUGAGCUGGAGGAGAAGACGACGAAAGCGAGAGAGAGCGAAUACAGGAAGAAGAUAAUUGGGAAGUACCAUCAGGUCAGGUUCUUCGACCGACAAAAGGCUACCCGCGUACUCAAGCGACUCAAGAAGGAGCUCGCAGCAGCCAAAGACGACGAGGAGAAAAUUGCAUUGCAGAAGAAGCUACACAAUGCCGAGGUCGACGUUAACUACGCCAUUUCGUACCCGCUUAUGAAGCCCUACUCGUCACUCUACCCUACAGCCAAGAAAGCCAAAUCUAAAAUCGCCGAGACUGACGACAGCGACGAAGCCAAGGCCAAGCCUGAAGAGAUCGACGGGCCCAAGGGCGACAUCAUGGUGUGGAAGAUGGUUGAGCAAGCUAUGGAAGAAGGCACACUUGAGGCAUUGCGCAACAGCAAGAGCAGAGAAGACAUACCAGGCGCACCGCCAAAGAAGGGCAAGCCUGCAAAGGCAAACGCUACAAAGGACGCGCAGCCCAAGAAGACAUACCCGCCACUUGUUGUGCCCGCCAACCGACGCGAGGCAAGAGCUGCGGCGAGAGAAGCGGAGGACGAGGACAGCGACGGAGGGUUCUUCGAGUAG